AUGGCAGAGCCUACCAGUAAGAAGAGAAAAACAGAAGACACCCCGGCAGUACCUGUGGUAUAUCGGUGCGAGUACUUAAUUCCCAACCGUACCCGGACGUGUGGAAUGCAACGGAAGCAGGACAAUAAGUACUGUUCCCAUCAUAUGAUAGAAGGUCAAUCGGAGCGAGUGCCUUGUCCGUUGGACCCCAAACACACUGUUUGGAAACAGGACCUUUCGCGGCAUCUCAAGAAGUGCCCAUCUCUUGGAAAGGACUUACAUGACCCAUGGUAUUCCCUCAAUAUCAACCACAAACUCUCUAAUGAGCUUUGUGCACAAACAUCUCCUUCACAGACCCAACUAGGUGACACUGAAGAACAGCUUUUGGACGAGUACCUACCGCUAAUUCGGGAAGCUGGAGAGCAGUUCACACCACUACGUCUCAUAUCAUCAUCCCAUGAGGGUCUCUCCAAGAGGCUCUCGGAGAAGGAGCAUCAGAAGCAUCCUAUUCAACAGUCCAGUCUAGCAGGGAACCUCAAGACCAAGGGACUUUUGGGGCCAGAUAAUUUCUACAUUGAGUUCGGAUGUGGCAAGGCAGAAUUGUCUCGGUUCCUCAACUUAUGUAUUCUCGAAGAACACAAGUCUACAAAUUCCACCAGCACAAACUCGUAUGGGUUUGGGCUCAUCGAUAGAAGUGUGAACAGAAUGAAGAAUGAUCCCAAAAUCACCAAGGAAACCACCAUUUUCAAUGCACAGAACCAGAGUUCCUUGCACCCGUUGCAUCCACAAGUCAAACGGACACGUAUAGAUAUCAAGGACUUGGAUCUCGAUAAUUUUCUCGAUGGUUGCAAAUGUGAAAACGUGGUGGGCAUAUCGAAACACUUGUGUGGAGUAGCCACUGACAUGACGCUACGGCUGCUCUUCAACUCGCUGGUGAUUGAAACACAAUCACUUAACGGGUUGAUGAUAGCCAUGUGCUGUAGGCACAUCUGUGACUACGACCUUCUUCUUCCCUUUUCCAAAGAGUAUUUGGCUGCUAAAGGGUUCAACAAACCCUCUUUUAAAGUUCUACAAAAAGUCGUUUCGUGGGCCGUUAGCUCUAUUCCAGACUCCAGCACAGGCAUUGCCCUGCAAUCAAGCCUCUCUUCCGCAGAGAAAACAAAAUUGGGUGUUAUGGCGAGAAGGCUCAUCGAUGAGAGCAGGGUCUAUGCUCUUCGCAAAAUGCUCCCCUCCAACUACACUAGUGAAAUUUUCUGGUACGUUGACCAGAACAUCACCCUAGAGAACGUGUGUCUCUGUGUCAAACGUAACUAA